UCAAUACCAAUCAUAUAAAGACAAAAAUAACAAUAAUAAAACCGUUACCUAAGUAGCUGGAAGAUGCAAUAGACACCAAAGUAGACAAAUAAAUUUGGACCAAUCAUAAUUUCUGCAGUCUGAGCACUAAUAUCUUAAUAUAUAUGCCACACUUCUCAGCAAAUCAGUAUCUUUUUAUGAACUCUUUUCCUUUUUGUCCUUCUCUCUGCACCUAAAGGCUAAAACUCCCCCUUAGCUUAUUGGUACACUGACUGGGUAGUAGUGGUUACUCUGAUCUAAGGGCAUGGAUAUUAAGCAAGAUGAUGUUGAAAGAGGUGAGAACAGUGUGGCAGAAGCAGAUAUGAUAGCCCCACUCAUUACUCCAAAAAAAGAAGGAUAUGGAGGUGGUGAAAGCAAGGAAGAAAGAUGGUUGCUUUACUUUUCUACAAUUGUUGCAGUGUGUGGUUCAUAUUCAUUUGGAUCUUGUGCAGGCUAUUCAUCACCAACACAAUCUGCCAUCAGAGAAGAUCUAAACCUAUCCCUAGCCCAGUACUCACUCUUUGGCUCCAUUUUGACAUUUGGUGCUAUGAUUGGAGCAAUAACCAGUGGACCAAUUGCUGAUUUCAUUGGUCGCAAAGGGGCAAUGAGAAUGUCGGGCGCCUUCUGCGUGGCAGGAUGGCUGGCCAUUUAUUUUGCUAAGGGGGCUGUGCUUAUGGACAUUGGAAGGUUGGCAACAGGAUAUGGAAUGGGAGUGUUUUCUUAUGUGGUACCUGUGUUUAUAGCUGAAAUCGCGCCAAAAGAUUUACGAGGAUCUUUGACAACAUUGAAUCAGCUUAUGAUAUGCACUGCAGUAUCUGUUGCCUUCAUUUUAGGGACAAUUCUGAGUUGGAGGGCUUUAGCCCUAACUGGGAUAAUCCCAUGUGCUAUUCUUGUUAUGGGCCUCUUUAUCAUUCCAGAAUCUCCUAGAUGGCUGGCAAAGAUUGGGCAUCAGAAGGAGUUUGAGAAUUCACUACGUGCACUUCGAGGCAAAGAUGCUGACAUUUCUAAAGAGGCAGCUGAAAUCAUGGAUUACAUAGAAACCCUUGAAAAGCUCCCAAAAGCCAAAUUGCUAGAUUUGUUUCAAAGAAGAUACUUGCGCUCAGUCACUAUCGGGGUUGGACUAAUGGUGUGCCAACAAUUUGGUGGAAUUAAUGGAAUCUGUUUCUACACCAGCAGUAUAUUUGAAUCCUCAGGGUUCCCUUCAGAUGUUGGAACUAUAAUCUAUGCGAUUCUUCAGGUUAUAAUCACUGCAUUAGGGGCAACCUUAAUAGACAGAGCCGGAAGAAAGCCUCUAUUAGUGGUUUCUGGGUCAGGACUUGUCAUUGGCUGUGCACUGACAGGCAUCUCAUUCUAUAUGAAGGGACAUGAAAUAGCUGUCAAUGCAUCACCAUUACUUGCUGUAACAGGGAUACUGGUGUACAUCGGAUCAUUUUCAGCAGGUAUGGGGGCAGUCCCAUGGGUAGUGAUGUCUGAGAUAUUUCCUAUAAAUAUUAAAGGGGUUGCUGGAAGCCUUGCAACACUAGUGAAUUGGUUUGGUGCAUGGUUAUGCUCCUACACUUUCAACUUCCUCAUGGAAUGGAGCUCUUUUGGUACUUUUUUUCUGUAUGCAGUAAUCAAUGCCCUUGCCAUUUUAUUCGUGAUCAAGAUAGUACCCGAAACCAAAGGAAAAACCUUAGAACAAAUACAGGCCGCUAUCAAUGCAUGACAUCUGAUCUAUUCUUUCCUUUUUCUUUUCAGUAGGAAAUUGAAGAGGAAGAUUAUUCGUAGGGAUGAAUGAUAACUUUGUAUGUCAUGUACUAGUAUAUUUAUAAUAAGAAAGAUAAUCAUUUCACAAACUUUAAAA